AACUAUGAGGAGAUGACGUCAAGCGAUUGCGAAGCAAUAUUAGCUGACCAAGACCAAGGCAGUGAGAACAUUAUUAAUCACAGCAGUUGCGAGCCCUCAUAAUGCACCGAAUCUUGGACGAAACAUUCUUAAGAACAAGUUGCCGCCACCAUCUCAGCAUCUGUGCAAUACAAUCGCAACAUGUCGCAGCCGUUGACCCUCUACACAGCAAAGAUCUGUCCCUAUGCGCACAGGGUCGAACUUGCACUGGAAGAAGCCAAUGCGAAGUACAGCAAGUACCAGAUCGAUCUGCAGAACAAGCCUCAAUGGUACGCUCCAAAGGUCAACCCUGCUAGCAAGGUCCCUGCGAUCGCGUACGGCGGCCCCAACGUCGCGGCCGACCAGCCCUCGCCCGACUCCACCAAACUCGCCGAGUCUCUCGUGCUCGUAGAGUUCAUCGCAGACCUCUACCCGCACGCCCACCUCCUGCCUGAGGACCCCGUCCUCCGCGCCAGAGCGCGCUUCUUCAUUGACGCGGUAUCCACGAAGCUCGUCCCGGCCUGGAACGCCUUCCUACGUGGGAACGGCUCCGCGGACGACUACCUGAACGCUGUGGAAAAGAUUCAGGCACUCCUCGCACCAGAAGGCUUCGCAGUGGGCCCCUACUCGAUCGCGGACGUGGCGGUUGCGCCGUUCCUCGCACGGGCAGAGGUAGCGCUGAAGAACGACGUCGGAGCGUAUCCAGAGGGCCAGGGGCCCUUCGUCCUGCAGAAGCUCGCAGAGCCGCGUUUCGCGCGCUUCGAGAAGUACUGGGCUGAGUUGCAGUCGCGGCCGAACUUUAAGGCAACGUUCGAUGAGGAGUACGUAACCGAAGCAUACAAGAAGCGGUUUGGUAACCUGCGCUCGCAGAAGUUGUGAGGGCCACGGGAUGGAUGGAAUGAGAAGUUCUGCGAUUGUAUCCGAACCAACCGAAAUGCGCGUUUAAUUAUGAUCAGUCUCCUCCGAGCCCUGCAUCCACUUCCCAGCACCAUCAUGCGGGUGCGACAGCACUGGGAGACCAGCCGCAUGCAACGCACCUCAAUCCGACGAACACCGGCUUCUCGAUGUCAGGUAUUUACAAUGCCGUUACCGUCGACGUGUUGGCACUGGGCAGACAUGAAUGCACGCCGGUUCCGAUGCGC